UGUUCUCUGGGCCUGCGUGCAGGUGACCAUGGGGAAGAAGGUGGCCGUCAUUGGAGCUGGUGUCAGUGGCCUGGCCUCCAUCAGGAGCUGUCUGGAAGAGGGGCUGGAGCCCACCUGCUUUGAGAUGAGUGAUGAUAUCGGGGGACUGUGGAAAUUUUCGGAGCAUGCCGAGGAUGGCAGAGCCAGCAUCUACCAGUCGGUCUUCACCAACUCCUCCAAAGAGAUGAUGUGCUUUCCAGACUUCCCAUACCCCGAUGACUUCCCCAACUUUAUGCACAACAGCAAGCUGCAAGAAUAUAUCACUGCGUUUGCCAGAGAAAAAAACCUUCUGAAAUACAUACAGUUUAAGACACUUGUAUCCAGCAUAAACAAACAUCCUGACUUCUCUAAGACUGGCCAAUGGUGUGUUACCACCGAAAGGGAUGGUAGAAAGGAGUCAGCAGUUUUUGAUGCUGUAAUGAUUUGUUCUGGACACCACGUAUAUCCCAAUCUACCCAAAGACUCCUUUCCAGGACUAAAGAAUUUUAAAGGCAAAUGCUUCCACAGCAGGGACUAUAAGGAACCAGGAAUAUUCAAGGGGAAGCGUGUUCUGGUGGUUGGCUUGGGGAACUCUGGCUGCGAUAUUGCCACAGAACUGAGCCACACAGUUGAAAAGGUCACCAUCAGCUCCAGAAGUGGCUCAUGGGUCAUGAGUCGUGUCUGGGAUGAUGGCUAUCCCUGGGACAUGGUGUUCAUCACACGAUUUCAAACCUUCCUGAAGAACAGCUUACCAACAGCCAUCUCUGACUGGUGGUACACGAGGCAAAUGAAUGCAAGGUUCAAGCACGAGAAUUAUAGCCUGAUGCCUUUAAAUAGAACUCUGAGGAAAGAGCCUGUGUUCAAUGAUGAGCUCCCAGCUCGCAUUCUGUGUGGAACUGUGUCCAUCAAGCCCAACGUGAAGGAAUUCACAGAGACCUCAGCCAUCUUUGAGGAUGGCACUGUGUUUGAAGCCAUUGAUUCUGUCAUCUUUGCAACAGGCUAUGGUUAUGCCUACCCCUUCCUUGAUGAUUCGGUCAUCAAAAGUGCAAAUAACAAGGUCACCUUGUUUAAAGGCAUCUUUCCGCCUCUACUGGAGAAGUCAACCUUGGCAGUGAUUGGCCUUGUCCAGUCUUUAGGUGCUACCAUCCCCACAACUGACCUGCAGGCCCGCUGGGCAGCCAAGGUCAUAAAGGGAACUUGUACUUUACCUUCUGUGAAAGACAUGAUGAGUGACAUAGAAGAGAAAAUGGGGACAAAGCUGAAAUGGUUUGGCCAAAGCGAGACGAUACAGACAGAUUACAUAACUUACAUGGACGAACUGGCCUCCUUCAUCGGGGUGAAACCCAGCAUUCCAUGGCUAUUCCUCACAGAUCCCAGAUUGGCUCUGGAAGUUUUCUUUGGUCCUUGCAGCCCUUACCAGUUUAGGCUGGUGGGUCCCGGGAAAUGGCCAGGGGCCAGAAACGCCAUCCUGACACAGUGGGACCGGUCGCUGAAACCCAUGAAGACACGAGCUGUUGGACAUCUUCAGAAACCUUCUUUGUUUCCACACUGGCUCAAGCUCCUUACUGUGUGUAUAUUAUUAAUUGCUAUUUUCCUUGUGUUCUAAACAGUAUGCAUCAUUUUCUGUAGGAUUCCUGAAUGUUCCACAUGAAUACCAGCCGAAACUCUGCUAUUUUGGCAUUAAG